GACAUAUUUGAAAAUAACCUAACUUGAUCAUAUUUAAUUAAAAAAUAAUUGUAAAUUUUUUAAUGGCAUCAGAUUUUAGAGAUGAAGAAAUACAGGACGAUAGUAACGAUUUUGAUAUCAUUAUCAUCGGCGCUGGGAUAACAGGACUCACAGCUGCUCAUGUUCUUCUUAAAAAAAAAGUUGGAUUAAAUGUUCUUGUUCUCGAAGCAAAUAAAACCAUUGGUGGAAGAGUAUUUCUAUCAGAAGAAAGUAAAGCUUUUUACGGAAACUCACUUCAAAAACAUAUAACAGAACUUUUGGACGAGUUAAAAAUUCAGGUUGUACCCAAAAGGAACAAUGAAACUAGAAAUAUAAUAUUUUUAACGAAAGGUGGACCUUUUCGUAAGUUUUCGUCCUAUGUUGCUGCUCAAGUUUAUAAUUUUUUCAUAUCGUUACAUAGAAUUAGCAGAGAUUUUCAAUUCAGGAAUUACACGAGUCAUGAAGAUGCUCAAAAUCUUGCAAAAUUGAGCCUCGAUGAAUUAUCAUCUAGUUUUACAUGCUGGGGAGCCGCGAAUUCAAUUUGUCGAAGCCUACUUUUCAUUUCGUGUGGUAUCAGUAAUCUUAAAAAAGCAUCUGCAUUAUGGUAUUUGGUUAUGGUUCAUGGAGCCGGAGGUUUUCUUCAGAGAUUAAAAAUAACUUUGGGAGAUGAGAGUCGUUUCUUUAUUAAGGAUGGAAUGGCUCAACUGGUAAAAGAAUUAUCGAAACAAAUAAAAAGGAGCCGAGGCUUUAUAAAAAGUUCAGAACCGGUUUUAAAAAUUCAGUUCAAUGACACAAGAGCCUACGUGACAACAAACCAAAAAUGCUAUAGAUGCGAUUACGUAGUGAUGGCAGUGCCACCCCCUGAGAGUAGUUACAUAAUCAUCGAGCCCUCGUUAUCUCCUAAUUUAUCAAAGAGCCAGACCCUCUUCGAGAAUGGAAAAAAUGUUUUCUUUACUGCAGUAUUUGAAGGACAAUGUUGGAGAGAUAAUUGUAAUUACACAGGGGAUGUUCUGACGACUUCAGACUGUGACUCAAACCUGAAACUGGCUUAUGAUGCCACACAUUCCGAUGACGAAUCGCAACUAGUUCUGGCAGGUUUCCUCUCAGAAUCAGAUUCCCAGACUCCCGAGAAAUUCAAGCUUUUUGACUCUCUAAACAAAUCUUUUGAAAGCAACACAGCAGGAAAUUUCACAUCCUAUAAAGAAAGAAAGUGGAUGCCUUUUAAUUCUUCUGAAAGUAAAGAUGCAAUCAGAGGAGGAAGUCCGAUGAGCUGUUUAAAUCCUUGCGAUUUGACGUAUCAUAUCAAUCCACUAAAUCUUUCUCAAGAAAGGAUUUUGUUUGCUGCGAGUGAAUAUGCGACGUAUUGGCCGGGAACGAUUGAUGGAGCGAUUGAAGCUGGAAAAAUGGCGUCGUAUUCAAUUUUAUGGCGAACAAGACCUCAAUCUCUCAACCGAUCAGAUUUAUCUUUCUUCCCCGCAAACACCACACGAUUUCACCAAACGUCAGUAGAAUUUUCUCUGAUUUACUACAUGUGCCUGGCAGCCAAUAUUUGCAUCUUCUGGUCCUUUUUCAAAACAGCUUAUUAGGGUCAGUAUCAUCAUAAUCGAAGUUCAUAUCGCAAGUUUACAGUUCUCUAAAAUCAUUUUUUAAACUAACUAAAAUAAACAUUAAUAUAUAUUUCAACAAUUCAUUUGGUUUAUAAACGAUCAAAAAAUAUAUUAGGACGUUAACAAAAAA